GUCGCAAAUUGAAUUUCCCUCCUCCCACUUAGGCAUCGACCUACUUGUCUUCUAGCCCUUUCUCUUUCUAUCAUUCGUUCCCAACCUCGCCUCCUGGCUGUGGCGUGCUCUUUGGGUCUGUUCACUGCUGCGUCCUUUGCUCGCAUAGCGCCUCUUUCGUUCGAUCCUCUAUCGGACAACUUUUGAUCCGCUGUCAUAAUCGAGGCGGAUUGGUAGUCCCGCAGCAUUCCUGGUGCCCAGUACUGGACACAUUUGAACAACCCACCACCAUUCGUUCGCAGUUCUAUUUGUUCCUCAUUCGCUACAACAGCCAGUCAACAUGAACGUCAACCGCAAAUUCGAUCGUUUUAAGCAAUGGGCGGGGGAAAGAAUGGGAGGCGAAGUCAAAACCAAUCUCUCCGAUGACUUCAAAGCCAUGGAGACGGAGAUGAAUGUCCGGCACGAGGGAGUUGAUCGCAUCCACAAGGCAACGGCCUCCUACAUCAAGUCCGUGUCGAAGCGUAGCGAAGGCGACGACAAAGAAAAGACCCUCCCUAUCGCUCACAUGGGCAGCAGUAUGGUUAGCCAUGGAGAGGACUUCGAUGCGAACUCUGAGUAUGGCCGCUGCAUGACCAUGCUUGGAAGGGCCGAGGAGCGUCUUGCUCGUCUGCAAGAGGCCUACAUUUCGCAAGUGAAUGCGGGAUGGCUUGAAUCGCUGGAACAUUCCUUGACUCAGAUGAAAGAAUACCAGUUCGCUCGGAAGAAGCUGGAUAGCCGACGGUUGGCCUACGAUACUUCGCUCUCCAAAAUGGAGAAAGCGAAAAGAGAGGACUUCCGGGUGGAGGAAGAGCUCCGGACCCAGAAGGUCAAGUACGAGGAGGCCAAUGAUGAUGUGCAUCGGCGGAUGCAGGAUAUCAAGGAAUCCGAAGUCGAAGGUGUCAUGAAUCUGGAAGCCUUCAUGGAGUCUCAACUGGACUACCAUGAACGGUGCAGGGAAGUGCUUCUCCAACUCAGAAAUGAGUGGCCUAGCAGGCAAUCUCUCGCCCAGACCCCGGGUUCCCGUCGGCCGGGACGUCCUCGCUCAAACACCGCACAUUCUUACCACGAACGCUACGAGCCACUGCACGAGGAGGAGGUUGCCAACGAGGCAGACCUGCGACCCAUCAUUCGUUCGACCAGGGCUGCUUCAAUCGAGCCGACCGCGAGGGAGGUCUACCCCCCGGAUGCGUUCUCCCAAAGACCUGUCCUGAAUCGGACCACAACGUUCGAGGGUCCUACGCAGUUACGCCAGGAACAAUCCUCCAGCCCGUACCAAUGGCCGUCCCGAGCAGCCAGCGAGAACUUUGUUGGUCGCAGAAACAGUGUUGUGCAAGCUCGGUCCCUGGGCAGGUCGUACGGGGACUCGUACAUGGAACAGUCCGAAGAUGGCGGAUCGUACAGUACUAGCCCCGAGCGGUCUUAUAGGGGACGGACGGAGUCCCCAGGUCCGUCGUAUGGAAGUGUUUCGAGGAAAUCCAGUUCAACAACGCUGAACGGCUCGUCACUGUACAAGAAGGCUCCUCCGCCCCCGCCUCCCCGCUCGAAGAAGCCCGCUCCCCCACCGCCACCGAUGAAGAGACCCAUUCUCAGUGGAGGUGAUAUGUAGGGGCCUCUUGUUUCGAAAGCGCUGGAGCGUGGUGGUGGUGGU